AUGCCUGCGACAUUCUCUUCCGCGGCGCUAGCUGCUGCUCGAGCUCCGGUUCUGCUCCGAAACAGCACCCGCCUCCCUCGAACUCUCCCAACCCGCCUUUUCACCACAGCAGCUCUCAGGACUCAGGCCAGAGCCUCGCUUCAGUCAAAUAUCCCUAAGCGACUGGGCACAAUUUCAGUUCGCCAAUAUUCAGCAACUGCUCAGUCUGCCCCCAAUCCCAAGGCCUACCUUGAUAGCGGGGUUAUCAAGCCAAAGCAAAAUGUCGAUGUCAAGAAGGUUCUCGUCAUUGGCAGUGGUGGUCUAGCCAUUGGACAGGCUGGUGAAUUCGAUUACUCCGGAGCGCAAGCCUUGAAAGCUCUCAAGGAGGCUGGUGUCGCCUCUGUCCUCAUUAACCCUAACAUUGCUACAAUUCAAACCAAUCACACUCUUGCCGACGAAGUCUAUUAUCUGCCCGUGACGCCCGAGUAUGUCAGCUAUGUUAUCGAAAAGGAGAAGCCCGAUGGCAUCCUUCUCUCCUUCGGUGGCCAGACUGCACUGAAUCUGGGUGUUCAGAUGCAGCGACAGGGCCUGUUUGAGAAGUACGGCGUCAAGGUUUUGGGAACUAGCGUAAGGACUCUGGAGCUCAGUGAGGACCGAGACCUCUUCGCCAAGGCACUCGAGGAGAUCAACAUUCCUAUCGCCAAGUCUAUUGCCGUUGGUACUGUAGACGAGGCCCUCGACGCUGCCGACAAGAUUGGAUACCCCAUCAUUGUUCGCGCUGCUUAUGCACUCGGUGGUCUUGGCUCAGGUUUCGCCAACAACGAGGAAGAGCUCCGCAAUAUGGCCGCUCGAUCCCUCACUCUUUCCCCUCAGAUUUUGGUCGAGAAGUCGCUCAAAGGCUGGAAGGAAGUCGAAUAUGAAGUCGUCCGAGAUGCCAACAACAACUGUAUCACUGUGUGCAACAUGGAGAACUUCGACCCCCUUGGAAUCCACACCGGUGACUCUAUUGUCGUUGCACCUAGUCAAACUCUCAGCGAUGAAGAGUAUCACAUGCUUCGAACUGCUGCCAUCAAGAUUGUCCGUCACUUGGGUGUUGUGGGAGAGUGCAACGUUCAGUAUGCCCUACAGCCUGAUGGUCUCGACUACCGAGUUAUCGAAGUCAACGCUCGUCUUUCGCGAUCUUCUGCGCUUGCUUCGAAGGCUACCGGAUACCCUCUCGCUUAUACCGCUGCCAAGAUUGGGUUGGGACACAGCCUUCCCGAGCUUCCUAACGCUGUCACCAAGACUACCACGGCCAACUUCGAGCCUUCACUGGACUACAUCGUCACCAAGAUCCCUCGAUGGGAUCUGUCCAAGUUCCAGCACGUGAAGCGUGAUAUCGGAAGUGCUAUGAAGUCGGUUGGUGAAGUUAUGGCUAUCGGCCGAACCUUUGAGGAAUCUUUCCAAAAGGCUAUUCGUCAGGUUGACCCCAAGUUUGUUGGCUUCCAGGGUGACAAGUUUGACGACUUGGACUUUGAACUCCAGAACCCUACCGAUCGCCGAUGGCUCGCUGUUGGACAAGCUAUGCUUCACGAAAACUACUCUGUUGAGAGGGUUCAUGAGUUGACCAAGAUUGACAAGUGGUUCUUGUACAAGCUUCAGAACCUUGUCGACUGCACUCGCGAAAUGGAAGCUGCUGGUGGCCUUGAAGCCCUGCAGAAGGAUCAAAUCAUCAAGGCAAAGAAGCUGGGAUUCUCUGAUCGACAAAUCGCAAAUGCCGUUAAAAGCACUGAAGAUGAGGUCCGAGCCCGCCGUCUCAGCUUUGACAUCCGUCCAUGGGUGAAGAAGAUUGAUACCCUCGCUGCCGAAUUCCCUGCUGAUACCAACUAUCUGUACACUACUUACAACGGUUCAUCUCACGAUGUUACCUUCGACGACAAGGGAAAGAUUAUCCUUGGUAGCGGUGUCUACCGUAUCGGUAGCUCCGUUGAAUUUGACUGGUGUGCUGUCAGCGCCACUCAGGCUCUCAGACAGAUGGGCGAGAAGACCGUGAUGAUUAACUACAACCCUGAGACCAUGAGCACUGAUUAUGACGAGGCUGACAGGCUCUAUUUCGAGGAACUGAGCUAUGAGCGUGUCAUGGAUAUCUACGAGCUGGAGAACUCUUCCGGCGUCGUUGUCUCUGUUGGUGGCCAACUGCCGCAGAACAUUGCUCUCCGCCUUCAGGAAACUGGCGGCGCCAACGUUCUCGGAACUGACCCCAAGGACAUUGACAAGGCUGAGGAUCGUCAAAAAUUCUCUGAGAUCCUCGACAGCAUUGGCGUUGAUCAGCCCGCUUGGAAGGAGCUCACCUCCGUUAAGGAGGCUGAGGACUUCGCUGAUCAAGUGGGAUACCCCGUUCUGGUUCGUCCCAGUUACGUCCUGUCUGGAGCUGCCAUGACCGUUAUCCGCAGCCAAGAAGACCUCAAGGACAAGCUUGAAGCCGCAGCCAAUGUUUCACCUGACCACCCCGUUGUUAUCACCAAGUUCAUCGAGGGUGCCGAAGAGAUUGAUGUUGAUGGCGUGGCCUCUCAGGGUAACUUGAUUCUCCAUGCCGUUAGUGAGCACGUUGAGCAGGCUGGUGUUCACUCUGGUGACGCCACCCUUGUUCUCCCACCCGUCAACCUCGAUUCCAGCACCAUGGAGCGCCUCAAGGAGAUUGCCCAGAAGGUUGCCAAGGCAUGGAAGAUCACUGGUCCCUUCAACAUGCAAAUCAUCAAGGCUGAGAACCCUGAGGGUGGCGAGUCCCUGCUUAAGGUUAUCGAGUGCAAUCUCCGCGCUUCUCGAUCGUUCCCCUUUGUCAGCAAGGUGCUUGGAACCAACUUCAUCGAUGUCGCCGCCAAGGCUCUUGUUGGCAAGAACGUCCCUGAGGCCACUGAUCUCAUGACUGUCAAGCGUGAUUACGUUGCUACCAAGGUGCCCCAAUUUUCUUGGACUCGUCUCGCUGGUGCAGACCCCUUCUUGGGCGUUGAGAUGUCUUCUACUGGUGAAAUGGCCUGCUUCGGAAAGGAUCUCGUUGAGGCUUACUGGACUUCGCUUCAGUCAAUGAUGAACUUCCGCAUGCCUGAGCCAGGUGAGGGUCUGCUGUUCGGUGGUGAGGUUAGCAAGACUUGGUUAACUCAGGUCGUCGACUAUCUUGCUCCCCUUGGGUACAAGCUGUAUGCCGCCGGCAACGACGUCAAGAACUUCAUCGAGACCAGCUCAAAACACAAGGUCGAUGUCGAAGUCAUUGAGUUCCCCACAGAUGACAAGCGUGCCCUUCGUGAAGUCUUCCAGAAGUACGACAUUCGCGGAGUUUUCAACUUGGCUCUCGCUCGUGGCAAGACCACCUCAGAUGUUGACUAUGUCAUGCGCCGAAAUGCCGUCGACUUUGGCGUGCCCCUGUUCAUGGAGCCUCAGACCGCUAUCCUCUUUGCUCAAUGCAUGAGCGAGAAACUCCCUCGCCCUGAAGGUAUUCCCUCGGAAGUCCGGGCUUGGUCCAACUUCAUUGGCGGCAAGCCCUUGUAA